AUGCCAGGAAAACCAGCCAUGCGAGGAGGAUAUAAUAACCCCGGCGCACAGCAUUAUGGGAGCAGCCCUCAAGGUUUACACCAGCACGGGCCGCCCCAUCGCAACGGCAGCGGCCACUUUUCGAGCAAGAAUUACCAAGGGCACAACAUCCACAAUAAUUCUUACCAUCACAAUGGCGUGUCUCAACCCCAAGUCAAUCAUACCAAUGGCCCACCGGCUGCGCAUCAGAAUCGCCCGACCGGCGACGUCCCGGAAGAAGCCAAAUGA